ACUUACAUCUUUCAAGGGGUUUUUGAGCAUGCUCAUUAUUUCCCAUCUCCAAUCGAAUCUGCAACAAAAAAAAUCUGAAAAUUGUAAUUUUUCGAGUAUUCCUUCCUUUUUGAGCUGUUCCGAAGGAAUGUCUGAGAACGAGGUCGUGGAAGAUGCUCCGGCGGAGCCUAACGCCAGCAAUGAUGAAUCUUCUAAGGAGGAAGAAGGAAAACCGAAAAUGUCAUUUGCCGAUUGGAAAAAGUGUAAAGAAGCUCUCAAGCCGGAAUCAAAAACUGGACAAAAACGUAACAAUAAUAUUAAUAAUAACAACGGAAAUAACAAUGGACGCAAGCAAUGGCCACGCAACGAUAACACACAAUUUCAGCGGAAUAAUAACUAUAAUCAGGAUCGGAAUUUUCAGCCGUUGAGCAGACCUCCACCUCUGCCCAUGCAGUUGUCUAUGGGCUUCGACAAUAACUUUGGACCUGGACCUUGUGGACCGCCCUUCGGAGGACCAUUUGGGCCAAUGGGACCGGGUGGUCCAAAUGGACCCUGUGGCCCAAUGGGACCCUUUGGACCAGGUCCCUUUGGACCAGGUGGACCCUGUGGACCGAUGGGCCCUGAGAACUAUGGUCCGGGACCUCGAAAUAAUUGCAACCGACCGCUGGAGCCGCCCCCGUUUUGGGAUGACAUGAUGUCGCCACAACAACGACAACCACCCAUGCAGCCUCCGAUGCCAAAAUGUCCAAGUCUUUGGAAUCUGAUGCCCAAGGAUCGCACUCAGCAACGUCAAAAUCGCGGCAAUCAACAAAACCAAAAUAGCAACAACAAAAAGUUCAAACCCAAUAAUCGCGGAGGUAACAAGAAUUCGAAUGAUUCCAACCUAAUGCCUCCACCGCCUCCACCGAGUGAAGAUUCAAGUAACAACUCGCAGGGAUCGAACGGGUCGCAACCAUCGAAAAAGCUGAAGCGGAGUGGCGCUUUUGUGCAAAUUAACGGACAGUGGAUUCAGAAACCGGAAGCACCGCUUCCACUAGAUGAAGCACCACCAGGUACUAAGGAAGAACGCCAGCGCCAAUGGAAGGAGUAUCGUCAAGCGAUGAAGCCUUUCAAGAAUCGUGAGUUCCACAACCAGAAGCGUACUGUCCAGCGUUUGGGAAAGCUUCCACGCGAUCAGCUGGACGAGGUGCAGCUAGAACGCUUGCAGAAGGCCGAAGAGUAUAUCGGAGCCCACAAAGCCAUGCUGACUAUCAAACAUGCAGAGCGCUGGGUGCAACAGGAAGAUGGUAAGAAAGUAAGCGAUCCCGCUAAGGGUCAAGUUUUCGUACGCAAGACUGCAAAUACAGGAAAUUAUUGGGACAUGACGAAAAUGGGCCCGAACACCAGCAAUGGCUUUGAUCCCAAGCAGCCUUUCUUUAGUUCUGGACGACCUAUUACGGGAGGGGCAGAAGCCCUCGCAGUCAACUUAGCAUCGCUCCCACCACCACCACCGCCACCAGAUACACCGCCAUCAAAUCAAGGGUACAACAGCUCUUGGCCCACUGGAUCCACCUCCAGUAAUAAUACUGGUUUGAAUUGCAAUCCAUCAUAUUACAGUCAUUACAGCAAUACCUUCGUUAAAGGUAAUACGCUACUGCCUCCCUAGGACUUCCCGUUGACGCUGAAUCUUGGCGUGGGUUUUGAUUAGUUUUAAUUUUCUGCGUGGAAGCUCCCAAUACCGUACGAUUCUGCAAUAAAUUAUUUCUUUUACAACAUCGGCAUGUAUUCAAAUAAAUGUAACAAAUUCUGCA